GAAGCGGGCUUGGGGAGUUCCGCUUCCCCCGGGCAGUGCUCUUGGCCGCUGGCCGGGCGCCUAUCCCCGGGGCGGAGGGUCUGCGCUGGGAGAUGGCCACGGGGCCGCCGACGCGCUGCCGGUUUCUCCAGCUGCUUAGGCGGGCUCCGCUGGAGGCCCGGCCUGGUCCCUGUGAUGCUGUCGCAUAUGGAGGCCUAUCGGCCGCUCUGGAUAGUCGUCCUGGAUAUCCGCGCCCCCCACCCCCGUCCUGUUCCCUCCCGCCCCGGUGUCGCGGGGAGGCCGGGCUUGUUCUCCGCAGGAUCGGAUCACAGACGGCCUCUGGCGGCACUGGGGCGCACCUGGCAUGGGGGGAGCGACCCCUCCCGGGCCCCGUUGGCCUCUGGAUGGAGGAUACCGGCGAACGUGCGGGCUGGUGCUGGAGGCGCCCGGGUCGUGCCCCGUUUGGAGGCGGAAGGUGCUUUGCUUUCUAGGCUUGUGAUGCGUCGGCAGUGGCCCUAAUCGGGCUGCGGAGUGUGGGGACUGAGGUCUUGAGUUUGUGGGACCGCUCGCUGGCUCAGGCUCGACACCUGCUGGCUUCUCCUAAAUAGCAGCGCCUCGCCGAAGCCGUCCGUGCAACGGGCCGGUCUGCAGACUUCACUCAGAUGUUGCUCCAGUGAAACUAAAUCUCCCAGUUGAUAAACGUCUUGCUUUGACUGUUAAAUCCAUUUUUUGCCAGCAGCUGAGAUAGGGAAUCGCUUACCGACUUGCCAGUUUUGUUCUAAUAAAAUUCAUAAACAUUGUUCACCCACUUUAGUUUAUUUGUUUCAGUUAAUGCCAUCCUGUGGCUUAUGCUGGAUUUUCUUCAGUUGGCCUUCCCAGGCCAUGAAUUUGAUUGCAUGGGAUCUGGAUAUGGGAAAUUAUACAGUGAUAACUAAGGAGACCUAGUUUUCGGAAUGUUUGAUUCUUUUUGAUUGGUAGUGAAAGUGAGUAUGGUAUAAGGUUUUGCUAGGUGGUGAACUGAAAGUAUAGUCCUAGUCUUGUGUACUUCUUAUUGAUGUUUUUUUGAAAAUAUUAUUUAAUGAAGCCUUUGUGCUUUGAAUUGGUGAGUACGUAGUGCUUUCCCAAAAGCCUUAUCCAUUUAUCUAAACAUUUGUUCUGUGAAGGCCUUAUUCUACUGCUGAUUUGGACUUAACGUGUGUUUAAAAAAAACUUUUUUUAAACUACAUUUCACCUCCUUGCGUUAUUCAUUUAAGCCAUCUAAUGACUUGUCUACAUUUGUUACCAUCUCUUGAUUGUUUGGAUGAACAGAUAGCAAAAAUUUAUUAGUUUAACUUGCAUUUCUAUCUGUGGAAUAGCUUAAUGUUGAUUUUAUUUUAUGUGGCGAUCUUAAAUUAACUUGUCUGGUUUAGGCAGGAGAAGUUGUUUAUUGUGUCCAUGGUGUAUGAUGGAGAAACUUGACAGUUGUCAUCACAGGAGUACUGAGCAUACCUGGUUCUGGGUUGACGACAAAAUAUUGGCAAAUGAUUUUUGGUCAUAGGAACACAGAAAGGUGCUAGAAAACUGCUGAAAGACUACAUCAGAAUGCUACAUGAAUUAGUGGGCAAAUGGAUUUGACUUUUCAAGAAACGAAGGCCCUUUCAGAGAAUUCUUUCUCCCAUUGAAUUCUUUCCUUGCACCUUGGCAUUGCUGUUUCAUCUAUUGAGAAGAUAGCAUAUACAGCUGUGAGGAGCUGUUUAUCUACAAGUGCAAUUAUCAAACAUUCAGUCUUUCUAGCUUACAGACUUGUCUAUAGAAAGGAAGUAUUCCGACAGUUUAGAAGUAAAUUAAGGUCUUUCAGAUACCAAAAUUUGGGCUUUUUUUGUGCUAAUACAGGUGAAGUGUGAUCAGCUUUUGUGAUGAGUAGAUGUAAGUGGAUCAGAAAUCUGAAAAAUUUAUGGUAGUCAGUAUGAUAUCUUAUAUUUGUGAUAAACUAGGGUUUUCUGUAUAAUGUGGUAGCAUUCUUAACUACUUGUCAGUAGCAGCUUGUUUAAAAAAAAAAGAAUAAUAAUUUGGUAGUAAUUCAGUGCAUGGGUUUGCCUUGUUUCUGUAAUAUAGCUGUGCUAUAUAAUCCUGUAGCUUAUCAGAGCACAUUCAGUGGUUCUUGGUUGCGUGUUUGGAAUGCAACAAGCAGUUGCGGGUGGAAAACCUUGCAAAUGAGAUUUGUUUGUAAAUUCAUGUACCGGUACUCAUUGAAAUCUGUUUGGAAUUUUUGCUCUUUCAUGUGAUUGUCUAUCUUCAGUGCAAUAUUGGACUGGUGGUGAUUAGCAUGUUUUGUCGUGCACGUCAAAAGCAGGUGGAUUUCAGAAGAAUUGGACAUGUAAUCUUGAGCUGGAUUUAUACACCUUUCAAGGACUGAAGUAACAGAGGGUUUUCCCUCUACCUUAUUGGCAGUUCGGUUGCAUUUCAACAGUUCAGUGUGGCACAAUUGAUGACCAGUUAAUCUCAGCAUGUUUACAUCAUUUGCAGACGUCACUCUUAACAUUUGAAUUUCCUUUCCUACAUCUAAAACGGAUUCACAGCCAGAGAUGCAAUGCAUAGCAGUGUGCCGAAAUACAGUAUGUCUCACUUAUAUUUCUCUUGGAACAAGGAAGGAAUUCUCCAUAGUACUCAAAAUUGUGGUUUCAUUACAGUGCUUGGCUGUUAAUGUUAUCCAUUGAUAUGGACAUGCCACAGUAACGUGGCACAAUAUGUAAACCAAAAUUCAAAUAUCAGCCAUUAAUUAUGUUUCAUUUUCUUUCCACAGUUAAGUUGAUUUUACAGAAUUUAUCAGGUCUUCCAAGCAAAAACAGGUGAUUUUUGCUGUGGGUUGAGCUCAGAAUGGCUGUAGUCAUCCGUUUACAGGGGCUUCCUGUUGUUGCGGGUCCUGCAGAUAUUCGCCGUUUCUUCUUGGGAUUGAAUAUUCCUGAUGGAGGAGUGCAUAUUAUUGGAGGAGAAACUGGGGAGGCUUUUAUUAUAUUUGCAACAGAUGAAGAUGCACGACGUGCCAUGAGCUGUUCAGGAGAGCUUAUCAAAGACUCCCCCAUAGAGCUCUUUCUCAGCAGCAAGACUGAAAUGCAAAAUACAAUAGAAAUGAGCCGGAAAAGAUUUGAUCGUGGGGGAAGAGAACCAGUAUCUGGGUCUAGACGAACAGGUGGUAGUAAUUCUGGUGCAUCAAGUGUUGGGAACCUUUCAAACUUAGUUGCAGCUAUUACAAAAGGAAUAAAUAAAUCUGGUUAUGUUCCAUCAAAUCACCCAGAGUCUGGCUUUCAUACCAAUGGCACAAGACAUGGUGAUCCAGGUAUACCUAAAUCAAACUAUAACCAGUCAAGAAAGGAGUCACUGAGUUCAGAUGAUGUUUAUUUAUUUCUACAUGGCAUACCAUACUCUGCAACAGAAGAUGAAGUACGUGCUUUCUUUUCUGGAUUACGAGUAGAGGGAGUGAUCUUUAUAAAACGUCGCAAUGGCCUAAAUAAUGGUGAUGGUUUGGUAAAAUUUGCUACACCUCAUGGUGCCUUAGAAGGACUUAAACGUCAUAGACAAUACAUGGGUCCAAGAUUUAUAGAAAUAAGUCUAGCUACUGAAGAACAGUGGAUUGAACAUGGUGGCAGGAUAGACAUGAAGAAUGAGAUUGCUCGUUACUUAAGCAAAGAGCGUUCUCCAGCAAGAAGUUCAAACUAUACUCAUUCAAGAAAACAUUCUCAUUCAAGAUCUCCUCCAAGGAGACAAAGAACGCGCUCUCGUUCACCUCGUGGCCAGGAAUUUUACUUACACUUAAGAAAUCUACCUACCUAUCUUGAGAAGAAAGAUCUGAGAACUUUCUUUGGAAAGCUGGAUGUGUCUAACAACCAAAUCAAGUUUUUACUGGACAAGCAUCAAAGGAGGACAAGAGAUGCGUUUUUGAUGUUGAAGAAUCAGAAAGAUUUUGAUAUUGCUCUGGAAUAUCACAGGAUGUCUCUUUUCAAUCGUCCUGUUUACAUUUUUCCUAUUUCUAGAAAAUCUAUGUUGAAACUAAUUGAGUCAAAUGAGAGGAAGAGCUCACAAGAAAGAGACAGCUUGUCCAGGCCGAUAUCAGAAAAAAGUUAUCGGGAGGGGCAUUCUGGCCCAAAGAUGUGCAUAUAUAUAAGAAACUUUCCAUUUGAUGUGACAAAAGUUGAAGUACAAAAGUUCUUUGCAGGGUUUGCUAUUGAUGAAGAUGAUGUCUACUUGCUUUAUGAUGACAAAGGAGUUGGGUUGGGAGAAGCAUUGGUAAAAUUUAAAUCUGAAGAGCAGGCAAUGAAAGCAGAAAGUUUAAAUCGUCGAAGGUUCUUGGGAACAGAGGUACUAUUAAGACUUAUAUCUGAAGAACAGAUGCAGGAGUUCGGUUUAAAUGUUCCACCAUCAGCACCAAGUGGAAAAAUGCAGGUUCAUUCACAGGCAUAUGAUAGAGGUGAGCAUUCCCGUCCAGCUGGUUCACCACCUGGACAACCACAAGGACUACCUAUGCACUCAUUUGGUUCUCCUGGCAGCUUUAGGCAUCCUCCUGAUGUUAGACGACCUACUGAGGAUUUUCGAGGUCCUCCACCUUUUAUGGAUUUUGGUGGUGAUAGUGAAUCUUUUGGUAGGAUGGAUUAUGGAAACAAUAACAUGGGAGGCUUUUCUGAGGGAAGAUUUAUGUCUGAUACAAAUUUCAGUGGUGGUUCUGAUCGUGUAACUCCUAUUAGAUUAAAGAACUUGCCAUUCAGAGCCACCCCUAAUGAAAUUUUGGAUUUUUUCUAUGGCUAUGGUGUCAUUCCAGAAUCUGUUUCUAUACAGUGUAAUGAACACGGAUUACCUUCAGGUGAUGCCAUUGUUGCUAUGACAAAUUAUGAGGAAGCAAUGGCUGCUAUUAAUGAGCUAAAUGAUAGACCAAUUGGCCCACGCAAAGUUAAGCUAAGCUUGCUUUAAAGAGAGAAAAUGUUUCUCAGAUUAAAAAUUCUAGACAUCACAGUAUUGAUGCAGUAAGAUGGAUUCUUAUUUACAAUUUUUUGUUACUGGAAGAUGCAGAAGAAACAGUUUCCAUAGAGGAAGUUGUAAAUAGUGUCAUGUUUAGUUAUUUUGCAUUGGUUCAAAUUGACAUCUGUAAGGUUUUUUAGAAGACAUCUUAGAAGUGUAUUAUGCUUUUUAUUUUUAUGGCAGAUGGAGGGCUCAGUAAUCCUAAUGGAUUGUCCGUUGUCUUGUAAGGUGCAUAUCUUGAUAUUAAGACAUGCAAACAUGGAGUUGUAAUGCAUUUGGGUUUUUUUUAGUUCUGCUUUCAUUCCAUGGUUCCAUGACUCUUUGCAUCAUUUGAAAAUGUAAAACUGCUGGUUGACUUGGUUGUACAGACUAGUCAAAGAGAACAAUUUCAGUGCCACCUUCAUUAGUAAAUAUCUUUGGGGCUAUAGUCAACCCUAUAUCUAUUUAGAAUAGGUAAACUGUAAACAUGAGUGAAUUUCUUAUGUGUAAACUGUUUAGUCUUGUUCAGUUUCACGUGGUUGCAGGCAUCUCAAGUUAUUCUCAUAAAAUUAGUUUCUUGUUCAUGUUAGCUGACUGUGCAACUUUUUAAAAAAAAAUAAAAAUAAAAGGAUUUACAGCUA